AUGUCAUCACACGGCAGACACGAUCAUCAGGACCAAGAUGAUCUCGAAUUGGGAGGAAAGCAAAAUGAAAAAAUUGAAGUGGCUGAAAGUAGAAUAGAAAGUAACAAAUAUGACACGGAAGCGUGGACUAUUCUGUUGUCUGAAGUGCAAGAAAUGAAUAUCGUCAAAGCAAGAGCAUACUACGAAAAGUUUUUCGAAAUAUAUCCCACAGCAGCUAAAUAUUGGAAAAUUUAUGCUGAGCACGAACUUAAAGCACACAACAAACAACAGGUGGAAGAUAUCUUCCGAAGAUGUUUAGAGCCUUGUCCAAACUUUGAGCUUUGGAGAUUUUAUUUGGAUUACAUGAGAGACAACAAAGACCAUGAAACCAUUAACAAAGUAUUUGAAGUUUGCAGGAACAAAGUUGGAAUUGACAUUUCUGCCUCUUCUAUAUGGAUUGAUAGCAUCAAGUUCAUCAAAGAUUUGGCAAUUACUGAUCAAAGCCAACGACAACAACAAAUAAUGGUUUUGAGGAAGCUUUAUCAAGAGGCUAUUCAAGUCUCAAUGCACGAUCUUGAUAGAAUUUGGAAAGAUUAUGAAGCCUUCGAGAAUGAAGUCAAUCCUGUGAAUGGAAAGAAUGAGCUUCAAGAAUUUCUACCCAAAUUUAAAUUAGCACUCAACAAGUACAGAGAAAAGAAAAAUAUUAGAGAAAAUAUGGGUGGUGUUGGUGGAUUGCUUUUAAACAUGCUUGCAACACCUCCAACAAACAGUGAAAAAGAAGAGACGCAAAAACAAAUUUGGAAAGAUUUAAUAGAGCUUGAAAAGAGAAAUUCUCAAAGGCUUCCCCCUGAAGAAUUGAAAAGAAGAGUUAUUUUUGUAUAUAGGCAAUGCUUACUAUGCUUCCGUUAUCAUGCUGAUAUUUGGUAUGACGCUGCCAUGUAUUUAAUAUCUAUUCAGUGUCAUGAUGAAGCCAUACAAUUUUUCCAAGCAGGUUGUUUAGCUUUGCAACCAAUUCCUAAAACCUUAGAAAUAGUUCCUUCUAAUCCUUCUGCAAAAGAGGGCAGCAUUUUACUUCAUUUGGCAUUUGCUGAAUAUUUGGAGUCUAAGAAAAAAUUCGAAGAAGCUGCUAACGUAUUUAAAGAAUUACUAAAAAUUCGUCAAGAUCCACUUAUUUUUAUUCAAUAUAUUAGAUUUAUGCGAAGAACGAAGGGAAUGGAAGGAGCUAGAGAGGUUUUUAUUGAAGCAAAGAAAUCUCCAAACUGCUCUUAUCAUGUAUGGGUUGCAAGCGCAUUACUCGAAUAUACCAUGAAUGAUCAACCAGAUAUCGCUAGAAAAAUCUUUAAACUUGGCCUAAACCAAUCCUUUGGUAAAGAGCCAGGCUUUAUUCUUGAAUACUUGAAAUUUUUGGAUCAUUUGAAUGAUAAAAACAAUACUAGAGUACUUUUUGAAACUAUUUUAAAUGAAAUUCCAAAGGAGAAAUCAGUAGAAAUUUGGAACAAAUUCUUACAAUUUGAAUAUGCUCUUGGCGAUUUGAACUCUAUUGAAAAAGUUGAAGAACGAAAGCAAAUCGCUUUUGGUGAGCCUAACACUGAUUCUGCAAACACUUCCUCGGAUUCCCAUCAAUCCUCCAUUAUCGCAUUAACCAAUCUAGUGAACAGAACUAAGUUUUUAGAUCUUUGCCCUUGCACUCCUCAUGAAAUGGAAUAUUUGAAAUUGAAAGCUCAAGACAGUGAAAAGAUACCCAUAGACGAUGAAGACCACCGAAGAUAUAGCAAAUCCUUUUACAAGAUUGACUAUACUCGACAAAUAACAUUUACAAACACCAGACAACAAAGUCAAAGCGAUAAGUCUUUGAUUGGUGCGAAUGUAGCCAUUCCAACAGCUGCUGUGCCUCCAUCAUACACAAAAUAUAGAGCCUAUCUUUCUUCAAAGAAAAUUUAUCUUCCUGACUUGAAACAAAUGAACGAAUUCAAAGUCAUUCCCAAUCCAAUUGAUCAAUCCAGAGGAUCCUCUAGUAAUCUUCCUCUAGUUACCAUUCCAGACGAACACAUUUUACCAAAUGUGGUUCUACAAGUGUUGAAAAGAAUGCCUCUCCAAACGUACGUCAAUUUACCAAGCAUUGACCAGAUAUUGGAUGUCAUUGCAAACACUCCUUUACCCAAUAGACCUCUCGAUGAUCACAAGAGAGGAAGAGUUGACUACGAAGCGGUACAUGAUUAUGACGAGGAAGAGAUGGAAGAUGAAGAUUUGAAUGCUCCUAGAUCCUAUGUUGAUAUCUAUACAAAGAGAAGAAAGCAAAGGAAAUAA